AUGGCACUUACCAAUGGCACCUUCUUCAAGCCAUCUCUCUUCACACUGGUUGGAGUUCCAGGCCUUGAAUCAGUGCAGCACUGGAUCGGGAUCCCGUUCUUCAUCUCUUUCAUCCUGGCCGUGAUUGGAAAUGGCCUCCUCAUCACCAUCAUCCACACUGAGCGUAGUCUUCAUGAGCCCAUGUAUAUCUUUUUAGCUGUGUUGGCAGCUACUGACCUAGGCCUGACUCUGUGCAUUACCCCUAAAAUGCUGGUGAUCUUUUGGCUGCACUCAAGGGAGAUUCAGUUUGACUGCUGUCUAAUCCAGAUGUAUUUCACUCACACUUUCCAGUGCAUGGAGUCCGGCAUACUCCUUGCCAUGGCCUUUGACCGUUAUGUGGCUAUCUGUGAGCCCCUGAGACAUUCUGCUAUCUUCACGAAGAAGGUGCUCAUCAGCAUCAUCACAGUUGUGACCAUUCGGGCAUCUCUUACCAUCAUCAUGUGUCCACUUCUAAUGAAGUUGCAUUUCCGGACCACAGUCAUCUCUCAUUCCUACUGUGCGCACGUGGCUGUGGUAACGCUGGCUGCAGAAAAUGUCAGAAUCAAUAAAGCUUAUGGACUGCUUGUGGCUUUCUCAGUCCUUGGAUUUGACGUGAUCUUUAUCUUCUUGUCCUAUGCCUUUAUCUUCCAGGCUGUCUUUAAAUUGUCGCAAAAGGAGGCACGACUCAAGGCAUUCAACACGUGCACAGCCCACAUCUUUGUCUUUCUCCAAUUCUAUAUUCUCACAUUUUUUACAUCCUUCAUACAUAGAUUUGGCUUCAAUGUUGCUCCUUAUGUGCACAUUCUUCUAUCCAACCUUUAUCUGCUUGUUCCUCCCCUGCUUAACCCUAUUGUCUAUGGAGUAAAGACUAAACAGAUCCGAGAGACAGUUAUCAAAAUGUUCACUCCUAAGAAUUAA